AUGGCAAUUUUCCGUACUGUAACUUUUUUAGCAAAUGUAGAAGCUAUUGGUGAGGAGGGAUGGUCUUGCGAAGCCAAAUGUCUGGACGUUGCUCCAAAUUUGGAAAAGAGCGUUGAACCACCUGAUAUGGGAUCAAUGCAAAUAGAUGAUAUCAAUUCGACUCCUCAACCAAAAACCUUCCUCCAAACCCUACUACUUGAUAAACAUCUUUCACCAAAUACGGAUAAUAUUAGUAGCACAAUCCCUACUGCUACCUUAACUGACGAAGUCAGCCUCCAGGCGGACAACGAUGACAAUUUUAUUCCAAUCAGUGCUCAUGAUAAAUCACGUUUAUAUGAACCGUGGAAAUAUUCAGUUAUCAUAAAGCUGUUUGGACGAAAGAUUGCACAUCAUAUUCUGCGCAACAAGCUUAUUGAUCUAUGGAAGCCUACUGAGCAACUUCCUCUAAUCGAUCUAGGCUCUGUGUUUUUUCUUAUAAAGUAUAAAAAGGAAGAGAAUAUGAUGACAACACUUCAUGGUGGUCCCGAGUUCAUUUUGAAUCACUUUCUAUCUGUGCGUAGGUGGGAACAAAAAUUUAUAGCAUCUUCUACUCAACUCACGUACUCAGCUUUGUGGAUGAGGCUUCCUGAACUGCCGAGUGAGUUUUAUGAUCUAGAGAUUUUACAAAGAGUUGGGUCAAAACUGGGUAAGCUACUCAAGAUAGAUUCAUGCACUUCGUCUACUACUAGGGGAAGAUACGCACAAAUAUGUAUCGAGGUACCACUGGAAAAGCCUUUGAAAACCCAUGUGAAUAUAGGACAUCAUAGACAAAUAAUUCAAUAUGAAGGUUUAAACUUAAUCCGUAUGCUUUGUGGACGUUUUGGACAUGCGAAGCAAUCCAGUACUUUUGCUGUUUCUACAUCUAUGGAGGAAACAUCAGCUCCUGCGCAAAUAAAGACUGAUGGAACACUGGAAGGUGAGUGA